GCAUUUAUGUUUGCUAUGAUUGUGCUGACUAAUGCCCUGGACGCACAACUGGAUGAUUGUAAAAUCGAGAGUGAUCCGGUGAAAAGGUCUGUCCAGUGCUCUCAUGGUUGGACUCCGCUCAACGGCCGCUGCUUCCGUUACAUUCCAAGGCCCAUGAGUUGGGCCAAAGCUGAGAAAAAUUGUUUAUCCAUGAGGGGAAACCUGGCAUCGGUUCACGACAUUGAGGAGUACCAUGAGAUCCAGAGGCUGAUCCUGACUUCUGGCCAUGAGUAUAAACAGACCUGGAUUGGAGGCACUGAUGCACAAGAGGAGAAUCAGUGGUUUUGGAGUGACGGUACUCCUUUCCACUUUACCAACUGGUGUUCUGGAGAGCCUAGUAAUACAUGGAACAUACAUGGAAAUCAGCAUUGCCUUCAAAUGAACUAUGGAUAUCGGAAGUGCUGGGAUGACUUACAGUGCUCCUACCCUAGACCAUCUCUCUGUGCCAUUAAAGGCAACUGAACAUUCUUUAAUUCUAUCCUUUACUCUAUUGCUGUUAAACAACUUAUGAAAACAAAAGACUUGCAACAUUUACUGAUUUAUCAUUAAUUCUUUGGACUUCUUCCUAAUUAAAUAAUCUGAAUUUGUUGUGGAAGUCUGCUUUAACCGCUGCUUUAUUCUGUUGAAAA